UGGAUGCAAACUGUGGCCUGUGUGUGAGAGACUCAAUGGGAGCAACCAACCAAUUGGAUUUAUAAUCAGGAGUAGCAGUUAUUCUCGACUUAUCAAAGGACCUUCAUGAAUAUGGCAUUGCGAAGACAGUACUUGGUUUUGGUUCUCAUGCUUAGUGCUGCUUGUUACCUGCAACUGUUACUCCUUAUGCAACAGACCGACUUCAACCCGGACGAAGACAUCCUCAGGUCUGUCAGGUUACCUGGGCCAGAUGGGUUAAGGCAACCCAGCCCCUCGAACAUCUCUGGUGACAAAGAAGAAAAGGAAGCAGAGAGUUUGAACCGAGCUGUGACUCCAAGCAUCAACGCCAUAGUGAAACAUCUCCAUUCAAGGAAUAGAAUCAUGUUAAUACAACGUAAACCAGAUGGUAACUUCAUGGUAAAACGUCCCAGUUCAAGGGGUAACUCUAUGGUAAUACAACCUAAACCAAAUGGUAAUUCCAUGGUAAAUGUCCGCGAGUCAAGGAGUAACUUUAUACUAAACAAUAGUAAGAACGUUAUAUUAUUUAAGACUAAGCCACAUGUUCUGGACAAGAAGCUUCGAGAACUCGAUGCAAAGUCCGUUCUGCUGAAGAAAGAGAUUGAUCUUCAGAAGACUCGGGACGCCCAGAGGAUUACCAAGACCCUAUCCCACCGCUGCCAUCGGAAAGUUCACCUAUGGGCCAGCAGAGCCGGUGAGUUGGGAUUCAGUGGAGGUCAACACCUGAUACAAUGCCCUAGAAGUGUCUGCGACGUGGAGCUAACCGUUGAUAUGGAUUUCGAGACGAUGCAGAACAACGAGGCACUGGUCCUCUUUCAUUGGUCUCACUGGGAUUGGGAUAAGAUGCACAAUCAUCGACCACCAGCACAGAAGUGGGUGUUCUAUACGCUAGAGAGUCCUCGGCACACUCGGCCCAUUGUCAUACCACCGAAACGGUACUAUAAUACCUCUUAUGACUACAUUAUGACGUACCGAUACGACUCCGACUUCCGCGCGGACUAUGGGCAAUACAGACCAGGGAAACCCGAGAUAGAUCCAGAGGACGAUAGGAACUGGGCGCAGAAUCGGACCAAGUUGGUGGCGUGGAUGGCGUCGAACUGCCAAAGGACAUCUUGGCCAAGGGAAGACUUUGUUGAGAGACUCGCAAGGCACGUACCCGUUGACAUGUACGGCCGCUGCGGUAACCUUACCUGCAAGGCGGGAACCAAGGGUGUGACCGAACCCUGA